UCUUCAGUCAGUCGAACGCGGCUCUCGGGUGCGCUCACGCCUCUCAACCGAGUUUCUCGUUCCUGAAAUGAGCCAGCAGUGAAAUCCGCGAUGCUCGAACUGCUGCGCGCCUCGGCGCCGACGCCGCCCGGCUCUCGGCGCGAACGCCAGCGUCGGCGCCACUCGGUGGCCGGCGCCGUGCCCAACGGCAAGCCCAAGUCGCGGGAAUCGUCGCCGCCGAGCGUCGAAGCGGGUGACACGCAGCACCUGGCGCGCCUCCUCUGCGCCUUCGAGUGCGUCAACAUCUCGCAGCAGCAGGCGCCGCGGCGCCGAAAUGCGCCGAGAGCGGUCCCACCCGAGUUGCCAACAGGCGCGACGGACACGCGGCGCCGAUCGAUCGUUUUCAACCCUCCUAAUGCAAUCGAUAUUGGAGCAUUUAUCGGGCAGUCCAUCAGAAAUGAAGGGUCAACGAGGAUGAGUUCUCCGGAAGGAGCGCGGCCGGGCACCCCGCCCGUGGCGCCGCCGUCCCCCGCCGCCCCCUCGUCGCCCAGCCUGUCCGCGAGGGUGGCCAGCCCGGACAGGGACAAGGGCACCCUCAAGGUGCACCUGCCCAACGGCGGCUUCAACGUCGUCAAGUUCGACGAGAAUAUCGACGUCAAGGGCAUCAUUUCGCUCGUGACCAACAGACUGGCAAACGGGAGGCGCGCUUUCGAGCAUCUGUACGCGAUGAGGCUCAAGCAUGCCCCCACGGGAAAGAUUUACUGGCUGCACCAAGACACAACAAUGCACCAGGUGCAAGAAAAGUACGAACGGAGGCAUCCGACCUCGGAGUGGAGGUACGAACUGCGAGUUAGGUACCUGCCCAAGAAAAUGUCCGACCUGUGGGAGCAAGACAAAGUCACCUUCAACUACUACUACGAUCAAGUUCGCAACGAUUACUUGUCAGCAGACCUUCCAACUACCCUGGAUCACGAGGUGGCUGUUCAACUGGGCUGCUUGCACAUGAGGUACUACUUCAGCAACAUGACAAACAUGUCGUUGGAAAAGAAAGUCAAUCUGGAGUAUUUAGAAAGAGAGGUUGGGUUCAGCAAAUUCAUCCCACGGUCAGUGCUGAAAACUGCCAAGCCAAAGGCUCUACGUAAAUCCAUCCAGCAUUACUUCAAAAAGUAUGCCAGCUUGAGCGAAGAAAGUCUCCUCUUCCAGUUCUUCGACCUGCUCAGGGGAAUAUACCGAUUUGACGAAGAAAAAUUUAGCUGUGAUCUUGGGACUGGGUGGUCCAUUCCCGUUGAAUUGGUGAUCGGGCCUGAUCUGGGAAUCAGCUACAUGUCGCACAGAAACGCAGAUCAGCACGUCGGAGGACUUCAACCAGUUCGAAUGGCUGAUUUUGAGAAAGUGCUCAACAUUCAGACUCUAGUCUCGGACUGCAGCACCCACUGCAAGGGAGUCGUGCAGCUCAGGGUGGCCGGAGCAACUGAAUUUCUCACCAUGACUUUGGCAAGCUUAAACGAGGCUGAGAGUCUGGCCGAUCUAAUCGACGGCUACUGCCGGCUGCACAAUCCGUCUGGGCCGUCUCUGUGGACUAGAAAAGAUGCCAAAUGGGAAAAUUAUCCAUGCCCAUGCGCGAAAGAGCGUGAAAGACUAAAGUCGAAAGAAAGUGAGAGCAAGGCUGGCAGCAACAGCACCAGCAGUAGUGGGUCAGACCUGAAGAACAAAACCGGCACAAUUCUCUCUGAAGAUUACGCUGAGGUUGUGGACGAAGAAGGAGACUACUCCACCCCUUCGACUCGAAACUACGAACUGCAGAGGGACAUGAUCGACCUGGGAGAAAUCAUCGGGGAGGGCCAAUUCGGGGACGUCCACAAGGGCAUCUACAGGGGCAGGGACGGGAAAGCUCAAGUGGCUGUGGCAGUCAAGACUUGCAAGGCUGACGCUGAUUUGGCGACCGCUGAAAAGUUUCUUGAAGAAGCUUAUAUCAUGCAGCAGUUUGAUCACCCUCACAUAAUCAAGUUGAUUGGAGUGUGCUCUGAGAGUCCAAUAUGGAUCGUAAUGGAGUUGGCCAAGUUUGGCGAGAUGAGAGCGUACCUGCUGAGCAACAAGAGCCGCCUGGACCUGGCCACCCUGCUGCGCUACUCGUUUCAGCUUAGCACAGCUCUUUCGUACCUCGAGUCAAAGAAAUUCGUGCACAGGGACAUUGCCGCUCGCAACGUGCUCGUGUCCAGCCACAGCUGCGUAAAACUGGCCGAUUUCGGCCUCAGCAGGUGGGUGGAAGACCAAAGCUACUACAAGGCAUCGAAGGGCAAGCUGCCCAUCAAGUGGAUGGCGCCCGAGUCGAUCAAUUUUAGGAGAUUUACCACCGCUAGUGACGUGUGGAUGUUUGGUGUGUGCAUGUGGGAGAUUCUGAUGCUCGGCGUGAAGCCCUUCCAGGGCGUCAAGAACAACGACGUGAUUGGCAAAAUCGAAAAUGGUGAGAGACUCGCCCUGCCUGCUGAUUGCCCUCCGAGACUGUACAGCCUGAUGUCCCAGUGCUGGUCUUACGAGCCCAGCAAGAGACCCACCUUCAAAGAAAUCAGAGAAGUGUUGAAUGAAAUACUGCUUGACGAACAACACCAAAAAGAGGAAACGAUGCGGCGGGAGAACCGCCGGGUGCAGGCCAUGUCGUGGGGCUCGUCCGGCUCGGACGACCCCGCGCCGCCCAAGCCGUCGCGCUUCCCGAACGAGCCCGGCUACAACACGCCUCCGCAGCUGCCUCCGGUCGUGUCCUCGUACAUAGUGGCGCAGAACCCGGACGUGCUGAUGCAGCUGAUGAGGGAGAACGAGGGUCGGGUGCUCAACCCGGCCGCCUACACCACGCCCGCCUCGGCCUUCAACACUUUAGCGGUAGAUUUCGUGGGCGGCGCCGCCUCCCCUUCCACCACAUCCACUUUGUCCUCGACCUCAGAGGACAUUCCCCCUCCCCCGUCAGAAAGCGCUGGCUACGAGUCACAGCCCUACGGCGGGCCAAUUUACGGUGACCCCAUUUCCGAGCAGGGUACCAUCGCAGACGUGCCUCCACCAGAAGAAGACCUGCAACUGUUAGAGCUGGAAGCUCGCUUGCGAAGGCAGCAGAAGGAAUCUGAGGAAGACAGCAAGUGGCUGCAGGAGGAGGAACAUAACAUGAAGAAAAGACUGUCGAUCGCGACGAGUUUGAGUGAUCGGUCGGACACGGACUCUGCAGCCGAGGCGUCGUGUUCGCCUCUCAACUCGCUGGGGCACAGCAAGUCUCCGCAGAGUGGAACGCACAGCAGGUCCCUGGACCGGUCAUCGACUCCACUGAGCAACGGAUCAACUGACGACAGGAUGAUGGGGGUCAAAAAAGUCGAGUCAAACCCCACUGCAGACCUCGACCGGUCGUCGGACAAGGUUUACGAAUGCACAACUCAAGUCGUCCGAGCAGUCAUGGCGCUUUCGCAAGGAGUGCAAUCCGGUUUGGUGUCUCAAUACUUGGAAUUGGUGCGCACGGUUGGAAUCGAUCUGCGCUCACUGUUGUCCAGUGUCGACAUAUUGGUGGCUGUCUUUCCCACCGCCGCUCACAAAGAGGUUGAAAUGGCGCACAAAGUGCUCAGCAAAGACAUGGCAGAGUUGGUGAACACCAUGAAACUGGCGCAGAAUUAUAGCACAACGACCAUGGAUGCAGAAUACAGAAAAGGAAUGCUGUCUGCAGCUCAUGUUUUGGCCAUGGACGCGAAAAACCUGCUGGACGUGAUCGACUCGAUUCGGCUGCGGUUUCCCGAAGUGAACGCCUUCAUUUGCUCGAACGGCAUCUGCGGUGGCGAGAGCUCGGAUGCGGCCGCGUGUGGAUUGGUACAGCAGUUACCGCAACCGCAGGCCGCUCCGCCGAGUUAACCCUCUGGCCCGUAGGGUGCUAGCUAGCCUUUUGUUCCUCUUGAGCAGAUUUUUUGCACGGUGCAGCAAAAGUCGACCGACCGACCAUAAAUCAACCAAUAGGCUAGUCAUUGUUCUCUUGCAAACCACUGAUUUAGAAGUUUUUAAGACUGCGAGACGCUAGCAGAAAACCCAAAUCACACACUGUAUAACAAUGGAGCUUUUUGCAAAAUCUACUUUCGGAAGAUUAACAUUCCCAUUGAUUGCUUCUUGAAUGUAUUUUAAAAUAGAGGGCCUUUGUUGUUGGUCACUAUUUGGUUCAAUCUCCAGACCGCGUUUCCCUCGAGUUAAAAUGUAUUCAUUCCGUCGGUACCGGCAUCACAAUCAAUCUCGCCCUCGCAACAACUCAAAAAGGUGUUGAUUUAUAGAGGUGGAACCUAGUCAUGCAUUUAUUGCACUUCUCACUGCACACUUUUUACCAUAAUCCAUUUUGCUAUUUUUUUGUAAUAAUUUUCCACGAUCAGACAGUCAGUACUAUGGAAGCUCUUAACUUCAGUUGUUAACCAGAGGGAAAUAAUUAGGCGUAUAUUUACCACUUGCACGACUUUUAAUUCUACCUUCGUUUUUAAAUCUUCGAUAUUGAUCACGAUAGUGGUGCAGCCAAACAACUUGAAAUUGUAUUAUAUGUAAAAUUGAACAUUGUGGAUAAAUAAAAUAUCAUUGCGACAAA